UUGAUCUUUCUUUCUUUCUUCUCUUCGUCAAUCCCGUCAACCAGCUCACCGCGGAUCACAGUCGACAACAAUGCCUGCCCCCAAGUCCGGAAAGAAGGCCGCCCCCCUCCCCUACCCUCAGGGCAAGGCUGGUUCUAGCAAGAAGGGCCCCAAGAACCCUCUCAUCGAGAAGCGUUCCCGCAACUUCGGUAUUGGCCAGGACAUCCAGCCCAAGCGCAACCUCGGCCGCUUCGUCAAGUGGCCCGAGUAUGUCCGUCUUCAGCGUCAGAAGAAGAUCCUGAACCUCCGCCUCAAGGUUCCCCCUUCCAUUGCUCAGUUCCAGAACACUCUGGACCGUAACACCGCCGCCCAGACCUUCAAGUUCCUCAACAAGUACCGCCCCGAGACCAAGGUUGAGAAGAAGGAGCGUCUUCAUGCCGAGGCUACCGCCGUUGCUGAGGGCAAGAAGAAGGAGGAUGUCAGCAAGAAGCCAUACAACGUCAAGUACGGUCUCAACCACGUUGUUGGUCUUGUUGAGAACAAGAAGGCUUCCCUUGUCCUGAUUGCCCACGACGUCGAUCCCAUUGAGCUGGUUGUUUUCCUUCCCGCUCUCUGCCGCAAGAUGGGUGUUCCUUACGCCAUUGUCAAGGGCAAGGCCCGUCUUGGUACCGUUGUCCACAAGAAGACCUCUGCUGUUCUCGCCAUCACUGAGGUCCGCUCUGAGGACAAGGCCGAGUUCGCUAAGCUCCUCAGUGCCAUCAAGGAGGGCUACUCCGACAAGACCGAGGAGUCCCGCCGCCACUGGGGUGGUGGUAUCAUGGGUGCUAAGGCCGUUGCCCGCCAGGAGAAGAAGCGUCGUGCCGCUGAGGCCGCCAUCCGUGUCUAAACUUCUCUUCCACGGUAAUGAUUACGAAAAGGCUUGUUAAAUCUCUAAAAAAGUGAAUCCGAUACGUGAUCCAUCGUCCGUCCUUUCCUCUUUUUAGUUGCGUCGCAGAUACCCAUGAAUGCAUUUAAGACCUC